UCCCGGUGCCCUUUCCUCCCACCCACGGCGACUAUGUUUGUUCCCUGCGGGGACUCGGUCCCCGAUCUCACGGGCUUCACCCUUUUGAUGCCAGCAGUAUCUGUUGGAAAUGUUGGUCAGCUUGCAAUAGAUCUGAUUAUUUCUACACUGAAUAUGUCUAAGAUUGGUUAUUUCUAUACCGAUUGUCUGGUUCCAAUGGUUGGAAACAAUCCAUAUGCAACCACAGAAGAAAAUGCAACAGAACUCAGUAUAAAUGCUGAAGUAUACUCAUUACCUUCAAGGAAGCUAGUGGCUCUUCAGUUAAGAUCUAUUUUUAUUAAGUAUAAAUCCAAGUCCUUCUGUGAAAUGUUGCUUUCCUGGGUGAGGAGCAGUAGCUGUGCCAGGGUUAUUGUUCUUUCAAGCAGUCAUUCCUAUCAGCGCAAUGAUCUACAGAUUCGCAGUACUCCCUUCCGGUACCUACUUACACCUUCUAUGCAAAAGAGUGUUCAAAACAAAAUAAAGAGCCUUAACUGGCAAGAAAUGGAGAAAAGUCCAUGUAUUCCUGAAAUGAAUGAUUCUGAAGUUUGUAUCCGUAUUCCAGGAGGAGGUAUCACAAAAGCACUCUAUGAUGAAAGCUGUUCCAAAGAAAUCCAAAUGGCAGUUCUGCUGAAGUUUGUUUCAGAAGGGGAUAAUAUCCCAGAUGCAUUAGGUCUCGUCGAGUAUCUUAAUGAAUGGCUGCAGAUAAUCAAGCCACGUAGUGAUGACACUGCAGCAGCUGCCUUGCCAUGGAAAAUCCCAAGCUCUUGGAGAUUGCUCUUUGGCAGUGGUCUUCCCCCUGCACUUUUUUGACCUGUUUCCAGUUUUAUACCUUACGUCCCAAGACACUUUAUACCAACACAAUUGCUAAAUAUUCAAUAUAAAAAAUUAUACUAUCUGAGAAUAUAUUAGGAAAUACUCUUCACAGAAUAUCUGAAACAAAGAAAGGAUUAACAAAGAUUUCUUGCCAUGCUUUUCCAUUAUAUGUGACAAAUGAUUAAUGUAAAUUUUGUACAAUAAAAUUUUAUUUCAUAAGUAA